UGACGAGGUAUAAGUGUGUCAUGACGUAGACCUCCUCCACCAACCGGAACCGAAUAUGCUCUCCCUCAUAAUCCGUAAACCCCUUGCGCGCCCAUAGUUUAAGCAUCUCCGCCUCUACUGUACGCUGGGCCUAUAUGAUUAACGAUUUUCUACUUUACAGUAAAUUGGGCCGAACGUGCACCAAAUUAUCGGGCCAGCCCAAAUGGUUGAAUGUAAAAAAGCAAGUGAGCCCAAUAGGAUCAUCAUUCGAAGCCGAGGCUCCGAGCUCCAUCAUCAACCAUGGCGAUGGCGACGAAGACGAAGCCCGCGAUCCAAACCCUAGUCUCCUCCCCUUCCGUCUUCUUCUUCCUCCUCCUCCAACGACGUGGCCUCGCCGUGUGGUCGAUGAAGAAGGACCCGGCCCUCGAGGCGGCGCUCUUCCGCAACCGCCGCUGGAUCGUCAACAACCAGAUCAAGCACCUCCUCCUCCGCCUCCCCUCCCGCGUCGCCCCCGUCCGAUCCCUCCAGCGCAUGUACAAAACCCUAGACCAGCGCGGCCGCGCCCUCAACUGGCUCCGCAAGUACCCCUCCUGCUUCGACACCUUCCCCGACCCCGGCGGCGGCGGCGGCGGCGGCGAUGGCGAGCUCUUCUUCGGCUUCACCAAGCGCAUGGCGGCGCUCGUCGCCGAGGAGGAGGCGGCGCUCGACGCGUCCGAGCCCGCCAUGGCGCGGCGCCUCGCCAAGCUCCUCAUGCUCGCCCGCGACCGCCGCAUCCGCGUCGCGAAGCUCGGCGAGCUCAAGCGCGCCCUCGGCCUCCCCGACGACUACCUCCUCCGCCUCCUCCCAAACCACCCCGACCUCUUCCGCCUCGUCAACCCCUACGGCCCCUGCAGCGCCAUGGAGAUCGAGCUCGCCCGCUGGGCCCCCGACCUCGCCGUAUCCGCCGUCGAGGCCGCCGCCGCCGCUAGCGGGGCGGAGGCGCCGCCGCCGCGCUUCGUGUGCUCGCUCCCCCACAGCUGGGUCCGAUCGCGCGCGCGCUUCGACGAGUUCAACGAGGGCACCCCCUACGUGUCGCCCUACGCCGAGGAUUGGGCGGCAUCGCCCGCCAUGGCGGAUAGUGAGAAGCGCGCGGUCGGAGUCGUCCACGAGCUUCUCUCUCUAACACUGUAUAAGAAGCUCUCCAUUGUUAAGCUGGAGCACUUCAGGCGGCGGCAGCUUGCGAAUUUGGAGAAGAGGAGGAAGAGAGGGGAGAUUGUUUCAAAGCAGGUGAAAGAAGAGGAGGAUUGUGACCAAGUGUCGGCGUUGGAUACUGUGGAAAAGAGGGAGGAGAGGAAGAGGUUUUAUAAAGUUCUCUUCGAUGAGAAUUGAGAACCGGUGAUCAAAUUGUGGGGACGAAACGAAGGUACGGUUUUGAAUUUGAUCAUUGAAGUUUCAGCUGAAUUUCACCGAUUUGCGACGGAGCAUCAACCUUGGCUUAAAUCAAUGUUUAAUGGAAUCAGAGAAAUCAAUCUGAACUGUUCACUCUUGGAGCAGAUCAUGCGCGCCCAUGACAUUAUGCAUCUAAACAUCCAGAGUGGUUCAACUAUGUGAUUCGCCUUAGAAUUUGCACUCCAAAUCUCGCUAGGUGCAGAGUAGGAUGAUCUAUAUCAAGUCCUAUGGAUGCAACAUAUGACAUACAGUAUCAGUUUUUGGAUGAAUUGGGAGAAUCCCUCUUUUGGUGAAUAUCAUUAUCUAUUGCUGGAAUUUAUAAAAGUGUUGGUUUGGUGAAGAAUCAAUCUGUAAUCAGACAAAUUAUGUAGGGUUCAAGAAGCAUGCGGCAAAUGGGCUGCUAAAGACUUUAAGCAGAGUGAGUCCGCACUUUGCCGAAAGCUUUGCUCAAACAUAGAGAGGCAUGAGAGAGGGAGAGAGACCUAAGGCGACGUCGAAACCGCGGUUUGUGAGCUCCCUGUGCUGCUGGCACAAUGCGCAGGGCUCGCAGCAGAAGUGGAUGCAGCAGUCGCAGCAGGGAGAUUCCGGCAGGUUGUACUCCGCCCGCAGCUUCGACCGGUACAUACAAGAGUAUAUCCAUUGGCAACCCGUCAGGGACAUUAUCAGUGCGUAAAGCGCUCCGCUCGUUCCGCAUGCUUCAUUUAAUAUAAGAAAAAAAAGAAAAAGAAAAAAAAAAACCAUUAACCUUAAGAACUUGAUAUCUACUAGCUAUAUCCUUGCAUUGAGGAAGCACUUACAGGUGGAGCCUCUAUCCACGAUCUCUGCAAUGCGGCCAAACGUGAUGCAGGGGCACCAGCAAGUCAAGCAACCUGUAAUAACAACACGUACGAAAAUAAAUCAAAAAAUCAUGUUAAAAUACAGGAUCAUUUCACAAAGUUCAAGAAAGAAGAGGCGAAGAGGAGAAGAAAUUACAGUUGCCAAAAUCUUCGAAGCAAUCGCAGAGGCCGGUCGACCACUCCCCGACGGCGCCCUGCACUGGGGGGGCGCUGACGCCGACCGGAGUUCCGGUCACGGGCUCGUCCUCGACCUUCUUUGCCGGGUAAGACAUUGUUAAGUAUAUUAGGCUAUAUAGUCAGUUAGGGAUAAACGAGAGAGAGAGAUAGAUAGAUAAGAGAGAUUGAGUCGAUGAGUUUGGGUCGGAAUUGCUGUAUUUAUAGGAGUAGUAGUUUGAGAUGGAACGCGGAAUUAGCCGCACAUGGGUGGCUGGAGAGAAGAAUUAAGUAUUGUUCAAUUGAUGGGUCCUAGCUUGUUGUGACUAAAAUAUUUGGCUGUUUGGUUUGGUACAAGUAGGUUGGUGGAGCUCAAGUUUCAUCACUUUCACCUAGAGGCCAUUUGUUUUGAUAUAAGUAGGGGAUGGAACUUAAGUUUCAUUACUUUCAAUAUUUGUUUUGGUGUAAAUAAAAAAUAUAGCGUCAAGUUACGUUA